AUGCACUCCCUAGCCUCUUUAUUCAUGGUUCUCAAUGAGCGUACGUCACAUAUUGUUGUUGAUACAGCACCUUUUGUAAAACGUACACGUCUCGAGACUUUCGGUGCAAGUAUUUACACUAUACCACAAGUUUUAGCUGAAAUAAAAGAUGUUCAAACACGUGAAUAUAUGAAUUGUUUACCAUAUGCCCUGAAUUGUCAAGUACCAGAAACUAAUUCUAUUAACAUAAUUAAAGGUAUUGCAAAACAAACUGGGGAUCUGUCAGUUCUUUCUGCAACAGAUAUUAAUGUGAUCGCUUUAACUUAUGAACUGCAUAAAAGAUAUAUCGGUGAACCAAAAAUUAAGGAUGUGAAACCUUUGCCCAGUAACCUUGGGUCUUUAGCUCGUUCUCAAUUGCCAAAAUCGAACACAAAAAGCAAUCCAUCCGUUGAUGUAUGUGAUGGGGCAGAAACAUCUGGAUCUGAAAACAGUGAUACAGAAACAUCUGAACCGGAUGAUGAUGAUUGGAUAACAGAAAACAACUUUGAUGAGAAGGCCAUGACUAAUUUCGGGCUUGGAGGAAAAAUUGCAGAUAUACUGGAACCAAUCAAUGAAGUUGAAACAAACGUUGUAGCUUGCUUGACAACUGAUUUUGCUAUGCAAAAUGUUCUUUUCCACGCAGGUCUCGACAUAGUAAGCAUAAAUGGUUUGCGCAUUCGUCAACCAAGAACACACUUACUUUGGUGUUGUGCUUGCUUUAAGCCUACUAAACGUACGGACACCUACUUUUGCCCAUGGUGUGGACAUGCUAGUCUACGUCGAAUCCCAGUUACUUUACACGAAGAUGGCCAGUUAGAAUUUCACUUUGCGAAAAGAUUUGUGCACAGACGGCGCGGUUUAAAACAACCAGUAAGAAUCCCAAAGGGUGGAAAGUAUGCUGACGAACCAAUUUAUUGUGCAGACCAACGUAUUCCUGACCGAAGACCAGCCCGUCCUAAAAAUCCAAAAGUGCUUCCAUUAGCUACUAACGGCUUAUUAGGAUUUGAAGAUGAAGAACUAUCCAAUGUUUUGGAAUUCCAAUGUAAUUUAAGCAAUGCAUCAUCAGUGGUGUUCCCAUUAAAUGACGUUACUAGUCGAUCUGCACUCUGUGGUAUUCGAUCUGAUCAUCAAAUACCAAGCAGAAGCUAUUUACAAGGUGUACAUGCUGAGCAUGGCCUUAAACCAACAAGAGGCAAGGCUCAUAUAGUUAGACCAAGAACAGGAAAUAAGAAGAAACAUAAAUCUUAA